UUCAUCAGUAUUUCCACUGCGCUUUAAAACAGAGAGCAAUCCAUCAGUUGGUACAAUGGAAAUCCAUACAAACAGCAGCUGGAAAAUGCUUUGCACCAGUACAUGGAAUAAAGUUGAAGUAGAUUUGACGUGCAUGGCAAUGGGAUACUCUAACAGCAGUGAUUAUGGUAGAUGGUAUGAAGACAGUGGCAAUGUAUCAGAGACAUCUACUAAUUUCAACUGCACCACCACUUUGACUAAAUGUGAGGAAAGCUUCUCAAACAAACUGCAAUUCUGCAAAGUUCCCGUUCGCUUGAGUGGUGCAAAUGUAGAGUAUGGUGGUAGAGUGGAAGUAUUUUACAAAGGGAAAUGGGGAAAAAUUUGUACCAAUGGAUGGGAUCUCAAUGAUGCCCAAGUUAUUUGUCGCCAACUUGGCUUUGAAGAGGCUCUUGCUGAAUUUUUUGGCUCCAACGUAGAGGAUGGAAACACUACUUCUGUAAUGGCGGAUGUUUCCUGCACUGGAGCAGAGGAUGAACUUGCAUCUUGCACUCGCAGUGAUGGAAAGUUAAAUGUCCCCGGUCAAUGUCAAGGAGAUGGCAAAGGUUCCCAAGCACGGUGUCAACCAAAGAACAGAAAGGUAUGUGGAAAAGAGAAACUUCACUUUGAUGUCGGCAACAAUGAAAUCCUUCACUGCUCAAUACGUAACAAAACCAGGUUUGCGAGAUGGUUCAUUAAUGGUCAAAAGGUGCAAAGGAACACUUCUUCUUCCAAGAGGGUCAAGACCAAAGGAGAUGGUGAACUGGUCAUAGAAAAUGUGCAGUUGUCUGAUGGAGGAACAUAUGAAUGCCUCAUAGAGGAAUAUGUUCAGUAUUACACGGUCUACAUCAAUGCAAGAUUCACUGAGAACACUCGUGACCAGCAGAGCCUUAUUGCUUACACAUCUGGUAUUAUAAACUGUAGUGCUGAAGGAACACCACUUCCACAGAUAACAUGGGGGAAACAAGGAGAAAAGUUAGUACCUAAUGGAAGAAGAUUCGCUCAAAUUCCUAGCGGCAGUCUACACAUUGAUCUUGUUCAUCCUGAAGACGGUGGCACAUACAGAUGUACCAUAACACAAAGUAAAGGAUCAAAAAGGUUCACAAUCAAAGCUAAAAACAUAAGUGUGUCUGUUAUAGUUCGACCACAGGUUAAUGUUUCAGGAGCAAGCAAUCUAAUCAGAGAAGGAGACACUGUAACUUUGACUUGUAAAAUCAUUCAAGGUCGGCCCCAGCCACAGAUAACCUGGCUUAAGAAUAACUCUUUUAAAGGACACAACAUGUCUCUCUCCUUUAAUAAGAUAACAAAGGAAGACGCAGGUCUGUACACUUGUGAAGCAAAAAAUCGUGGAGGAAUUUCCGCUGAAAAUAUCUAUAUUUCUGUUAAAGUUCCACCACAUUUAAAUCCUGAACUCAAGAAUCUUUCAGUCCCACUGAACUCCACAUUUGAAACAGAUUGUUUUAAAAGGGCUGAUCCUCCAGUAUCAGUCAAUUGGACCAAGGAUGGAAAAUCUCUUGGUAACAACAACACAUUAGUUAUUAAGCGUGUGACGUUUGAUGAUGAAGGUCUCUAUGAAUGUGCUGCUAAAAAUCCGUUCGGAAAAGACAAAACCUCUUUCUGGAUCGAUGUUACCGUGUCUCCUCAGAUUCUAUUGUCUCCGAUAAACCAAUCUGUCACUGAUGGGGACCCAGUCAACUUUACUUGCCGUGCCACAGGUGUUCCAACACCAAAGCUGACCUGGACAUUUAAUGGUGGUAAACUUCCAUUUGGUAUUAAUCAAAACAAUUAUGAGGGAGACUCAUUUCUGGAAUCAUUUCUGGAAAUGCAGAAAAUAACAAAGGAAAUGGAAGGAACGUACAAGUGUACAGCAGAAAACAAAGCAAAUAGAAUAAGUUAUUCCAUAACACUUCAAGUAUUUGAAAAACCCACCGCCAAAGUGAGUCCAGAGCCAUACCCAACGCUCAUUCAAGGUGAUAAGCUUCGGUUAACUUGCAGCGUCAACGAAGCAACAGUAAAUAUCACUUGGAGAAAAGAUGGAGACCCAAUAAAAGAAAGGGCAGUCAUUUAUACGCAAUUGGAUGAGACAACAAGUUAUCUGGUUGUUGAAAAGGUUGUGGAAGAGGACAGUGGUGAAUAUUCUUGUGAAGCUCGUAACAGACUAGGAAAUGUCGCCCGCUCCAUUGUGAUGAUAAAAGUCAACCCUGUGAGUCCAUUCCUAGAGUGGUAUUAUAUUUUUGGAUCAAUGGCUGCUCUCAUUGUCAUUUUGCUCAUGUGUUGCUAUUUUUGGAAACGUCGAAGGACAGCAGCUGCCAUGGCUCUGGAAGUCGAAUUUAGUCCUAAUCAAGGGGAAGCAGUUGAGAUGGAGCUUGUGAAUGUAGAAGUGGAUGAAUGGGAGAUUGAAGGGAACCGUGUCCUGCUUCAAGAGGUCAUUGGGCGAGGGGCAUUUGGAGCAGUGUGGAGAGCUCUCCUUAUUCCUCCAAAUGGGAGACCUGGAAAUCGCACAGUUGCCGCUAAAUGCUUCACACCCACCGCAGGGGAGGAAGGAAGAAAAUGUUUGAUGAGAGAGAUCGAGCUGGGAAAAAUUCUCGGUAAAAGCAAUCACCCAAACAUAGUGAAAUUCAUUGGCUGUGUCACUAGACAAGUUCAUCCAAUCCUGAUCAUGGAACAUUUGCCAUGUGGUGACCUGCUUGGUUACAUGAGAAAAUGCCGGGGAAUUAAUGAUCGGUAUUAUCUUGGAGAAGGAAGGCCUCAAGUUUUGAACAACUAUGACCUUGUGCUAUUUGCCAAACAAAUCGCCGCUGGUAUGGUAUUCCUUGGAUCAAGGGGGAUAAUCCAUCGUGACCUGGCAGCUCGAAACGUCCUCCUUGAUAACAACUAUGUGUGCAAAGUGACCGACUUUGGCAUGGCAUAUCAAAACUUCAAAUACGGUCAUGGAAAAGCCAAAAAGGGCCGUCUGCCAAUCAAAUGGACUGCACCAGAGAUUUUGUUGGGAAAUCUCGCUGGACUUUCUAUCUUGAGUGACGUGUGGUCUUACGGAAUCGUUCUGUAUGAGAUAGUUACCCUUGGAGGAAUUCCAUACGAGGGAUGGACAGAAGGGAAGGUGGUUGCACAAGUCACACAUGGAUACAAACUUCCAAAGCCCGAUCAUGUUGAUGAUAAACUGUAUGCUAUAAUGAAAAGGUGCUGGAAUUUUGACCCCGACUUUCGUCCUCCCUUUGAAAACCUGCGAAAAAGAAUGGAUACCUACCUUCGUGAAGAGACAUAUCUGCACCUGCUCGACAUGGGAUCUUAUGACACGAUCAAAUACUCCAAGGUUGAAGACCUCGGAGAUGAAGAUGCCGAACCAAGUGUACGAGCUACAAGGAACGCCGCUGCAAAGAGAUUAGGAAAAUGGGCCAGCGACCGUCGUUAGACAGUGACAUUUUGAAUAUUACUCAGGAACCUAGCCGCUACAAUAAAUUUCAGUCACUUUGUAGUACAUCAAGUAUUAAAAAAUGUGUACCCGUGAUAACGGUGAUAAUUUAAGGGUCUUAUUGUGUUAUAAUAAAUCAAAGCAGUGUCCUUAAUGAGACACCUUUAAGUCAAUUUUUUCUUAAGUUGCAAUUGAUAAAUAAUUCGAUUUAGAUACAGCUGAUUAAGGCAGGAUUU